GUGAGACCAGAGUCUACUCAAAUCUGUUUACGUGGCAAAACACCCACUAACUCGCCCUUCUCUAUGUGUGUGUGUGUGUGAGAAAUUAUUGGAUUUUCAAUCGAAUUUUUGCAAAAAUGGCGGAUCGAUUUUAUCCAAAUGUAAUGCCGGAUUUUGUAGCAGAAAACCCAGCAGUUGAAGAAGAAAAGCAUCCAAUUCCACAAGGCACAAAUGAAUCACUCUUGAAGCUUCUGUCUACGCCGUACAAUACUCUAUCCGAGAAGUUCAAACGCGCCGCUCUCGAUCUUAAAGAAACUAUAUUGGUGGAGACAUGGGGACUAACAAGGCAACAAGUUCCAGAUUUUACGCUCUAUAAUGGAACUCUUGGGACUGCCUUUUUGAUGUUCAAGUCCUAUCAGGUGACAAAUAACACGAACGACCUUGCUGUUUGCUCUCAGAUUGUUAAGGAUUGUGACUUUGCUUCUCGAAACUCCAGGGAUGUGACAUUCCUAUGUGGGAGAGCUGGGGUUUGUGCGCUAGGUGCUGUUGUUGCCAAGUACAUGGGGGAUGAUCAACUGGUUCUUUACUAUGUUACUCAGUUUAAAGAGAUAAAAUUAACUAAAGAUCUUCCUGAUGAAUUGCUGUAUGGUAGAGCUGGAUUCCUCUGGGCUUGUCUAUUCAUGAAUAAGCAUAUUGGCAAAGGAACAAUUCCUUCUACCUAUACUGCUGCUGUGGUCAAUGAAAUCAUCGAGAAUGGAAGGAGAUUAGGAGGGAGGGGCAGAAGCCCGUUGAUGUAUGAGUGGUAUGGUGAGAUGUACUGGGGUGCAGCUCACGGAUUGGCUGGCAUUAUGUAUGUUCUAAUGGAUUUUGAACUGAAACCAGAUGAGCUUGAAGAUGUCAAAGAAACUUUAAGGUACAUGGUUAAGAAUCGGUUCCCAAGUGGAAAUUACCCUACAAGUGAAGAAGAUAAGCGGAGAGAUGUUCUCGUCCAUUGGUGCCACGGAGCUCCCGGGAUUGCUCUAACACUUGUCAAGGCAGCUGAGGUUUUCGGAGACAGAGAAUUUCUUAAUGCAGCAGUAGAUGCAGCAGAGGUAGUAUGGAACCGCGGCCUUCUUAAACGUGUCGGGAUGUGCCAUGGGAUCAGUGGGAAUGCUUAUGUCUUCCUAUUGUUGUAUCAGCUCACAGGAAGCGUGGAGUAUUUGUAUAGAGCCAAAGCUUUGGCCUGCUUCCUUCUUGAUAGAGCUCACAAGCUAAUAGCAAAAGGAGAGAUGCAUGGAGGAGAUAGCCCAUACUCUCUAUUUGAAGAACUGCAGUCGUUUCAGCACUUUCUUGGUAGUUCUAAGCCAUGUCAAUUGUUAAGGGGUAAAUUUGGACCUUUUUUCUCGGAAGAAUUUGAAUGCGUGGAUACUGGAUACCCCAUUUCGUGUUGGAGCUCAGUUAAUGGCAAGAGUAACUAUGAGACGAUUUGCUAACGGCAAGGAUAUGGGUGGACUGAAAGUGUAACGGAUGGCAAAAUUGAGCAAUUUCGGAUAGUACAGUGUCAGAUUUGGGCCUUCCCCUUUUGAAAAGAAUGGGAGGAUAUUUUGGGCAUUUCUUCACUUCAAUGCCUACAACAAACAUUUAGGUAAGCACUAUGAUCUUUCUUGCCCAUUAGAUUACUUUGACUAUGUCAGAUUAAAAAUUGGUUAUAUGGACAAAGAAAAUGAACAGAGAAUCCACGGACUAUCUAAUUCAGAGAAUCCACGGACUCUAAUCACUGUUCAUUUUUUCUUUUUCCUUUUAUCAUGAAAGAUUUAACAGAAUAUUUUGCUGUAAAACCUCUGGAAACAUGUUGUAGAACCGAGGCAUGUAAACCAUUGUCUCGUUUAUUGAUCAAAACAUACAAGUAGAAAUAUGCCGAAAAUGUGAUAUGGUACUGUUUGAUAAAAAUUAGAUCAACAUUCAACUGUGAAAAA